GUCCCCUCGCCACACACAGACCCGCUCACGCCCUCUCUCUCCCACCACUGGCUCUCUGAAUAGCAGCUCCAUCCUCCUGGCUUGGAGAGAGAAGCUCUUUUGUUAUUCAAAUCACACACUCCAGCGUGUGGCUGAGUGCAGCAGGCAGGCUCCAGCCACCCGAUUUUUUUCCUCCUCCUGCUAGCGGAUGAGCCAGAGCAUUUCUGGUUUCCUGGUCGAAGGGGCUGUGCCAUCCCUGGGCUGUUUGGAGCGCGUGGGAGUUGGUGCUUUGUUGCCCCUCACCUCGCCUUUGCUUCCAGCUCCAGUCUGCCUUUUUCUGGGCACUCCUCAGCCUGCAAGCUGGCCCUGCUUUCAGACCUUCCUCUCUGCAUGCUUUCUCUGCCCCGGCAUUUCCAUUCGGACGGCGCUUGUUGCUGAUUUGCAAGGUUGCCAGUAUGGGCUUUUCAGAACCGUAUUAACCGGCCGAGCCUCUGAGCAUUCAGAGAACGGGGGUGGGAGGGGGGGAAGCUCUGUCUUCUUCUUGGAUAUUGUGAUCUUCAAGCUUCAGGAUUUCUGAGCCGGCUCUCUCCUCGAGGGUAGGGAGCCAGGAGCAGCCCUUGGCCAUGGAGGUGGGCAAGAUGACCGUCAGCAUCAAUAAGGCCAUUAACACACAGGAAGUGGCUGUCAAGGAGAAACACGCCAGAACAUGCAUCCUGGGAACCCACCACGAGAAAGGAGCUCAGACCUUCUGGUCCGUCGUGAACCGACUCCCCCUCUCCAGCAACGCCGUGCUCUGUUGGAAGUUCUGCCACGUGUUCCACAAGCUCCUCCGCGAUGGACACCCAAAUGUCCUGAAAGACUCUGUGAGGUACAAGAACGAGCUGAACGACAUGAGCAGGAUGUGGAGUCAUCUGAGUGAGGGCUACGGGCAGCUGUGCAGCAUCUACCUCAAACUGCUGAGAACCAAAAUGGAGUUCCAUACGAAAAACCCCCGGUUCCCAGGCAAUCUCCAGAUGUCUGACCGGCAGCUUGACGAGGCGGGAGAAAACGACGUCAAUAACUUCUUCCAGCUGACGGUGGAGAUGUUUGACUAUUUGGAGUGUGAGCUGAACCUGUUCCAGACGGUAUUCAGCUCCUUGGACAUGUCUCGCUCCGUGUCGGUCACUGCUGCUGGCCAGUGCCGGUUGGCCCCGCUGAUACAGGUGAUACUGGACUGCAGCCAUCUCUAUGACUACACUGUUAAACUCCUCUUCAAGCUGCACUCCUGCCUCCCCGCUGACACACUACAGGGCCACAGGGACCGUUUCCUGGAGCAGUUCAGAAAGUUGAAAGAUUUGUUCUAUCGCUCCAGCAACCUGCAGUACUUUAAACGGCUGAUUCAGAUCCCACAGCUCCCAGAGAAUCCUCCCAACUUUCUGCGGGCCUCGGCUCUGUCGGAGCACAUCAGUCCCGUGGUGGUGAUCCCGGCUGAGGCCUCGUCCCCAGACAGCGAGCCCAUCACUGAUCUAGUGGAGACGGACACAGCGUCACAACAGAGCUUGUUUGACAAUAAGUUUGAUGACAUCUUUGGCAGUUCGUUCAGUAACGAUCCUUUCAACUUCAGCAGUCAGAAUGGGAUGAACAAGGAUGACAAGGACCGGUUGAUCGAGCAGCUGUACCGGGAGAUCAGUGCGCUGAAGGAGGAGCUGGAGAACUUCAAGGCAGAGAGCCAUCGCCUAGGGGUGCAGCUGAGGGGCCGGAUCAGCGAGCUGGAGGCAGAGCUAGCGGAGCAGCAGCACCUCAAGCAGCAGGCCCUGGACGAGAGCGAUUUCCUGCACACCGAGCUGGAGGAGCUGAAGAAGCAGUGGGAGGACACUGAGAAAGCCCAGAGGAGCCUGACGGAGAUUGAGAGGAAGGCGCAGGCUAACGAACAGCGGUACACCAAGCUGAAGGAGAAGUACAGCGAGCUGGUGCAGAACCAUGCUGACCUGCUGCGCAAGAACGCAGAGGUCACCAAGCAGGUAACGGUAGCGAGACAGGCCCAAGGCGAUGUGGAGCGGGAGAAGAAAGAGUUAGAGGACUCCUUCCAGCGCGUGAGCGAGCAGGCCCAGAGGAAGGCUCAGGAACACGCAGAGGUCUUGGAAACCUUGAAGAGAGAGCUCACAGCCAGCAAGCAGGAGCAGCAGGCCCUCCAAAGCACUCUGAAAUCCAGUUUACAGUCGGAAGCAGAGCGUAGCACCAGGACAGCGAGCUUGGAGCAGGAGAGGGACACCCUGGUGGUGGCAGUGGCCCAGCGCAGCCAGGAGGUGGCGGCAUUGCAAACCGAGUUGCAGCAGCUGAAGGACACUCUAGACAGCGAGAAGGAGAGCAGCAGUAAAACGCUGGAGACACUGCAGACCCGGCUGGGAGAGAAGGAGAGCCGUGAGCAAGCCCUCCAGCAGCAGCUCCUGGAUGAGCAGUUUGCCUUGCUGCAGUGCACGGUGCAGGAGGCAGAGCAGAUGGUGCAGGACUCCCUGAACCGACUCGACGACCCCGCCCACAUCAGCUGCACGAGCUCUGCAGAUUAUCUCCUGUGCAGAACGUUGGCUGCCUCCGACUGCAUAGAGCGGCUCCAGGGCGCGCAUGGCAAAUACCUUUCCAACCGCUCAGACGUAAGCAGCCUACUGCCAUGCGUGGCCCUGUUUGCCCACCUCAUCAGCGACACCAUCUUGCAGGGCAGCGCCACCUCCCACAUGGUCCCUAUGGAGCCUGCUGACCUGCUGUCGGAGAUGUGUAAGCAGUGCGGGAGCGAGGCCCUGAGCUACCUUGGUGCCCUGAAAGAUGAGGCCUCCCUGGGGGGCGCCGACUGCACCGCCGUGAGAAACUGCCUGAGCCGAAUCAGCGCCAUCGGAGAGGAGCUUCGGCCCAAAGGCCUGGACGUCGAGCAGGAGGAGCUGGGGGACCUGGUGGACAAGGAGAUGGCAGCUACGUCAGCAGCUGUCGAGAUGGCAGUUGCCAGGAUAGAGGAUAUGCUCAGCAAGUCUCGGGCUGGGGACACCGGGGUCAAGCUGGAGGUCAAUGAGAGGAUUCUGGGCUCCUGCACGGACCUGAUGCAGGCUAUCCAGGUGCUAGUCCUGGCUUCUAAGGAUCUCCAGAGGGAGAUUGUGGAGAGCGGAAGGGGCGCAGCGUCCCCCAAGGAGUUCUACGCCAGGAAUUCCCGCUGGACGGAGGGCCUGAUCUCAGCGUCCAAAGCCGUGGGCUGGGGAGCCACCGUCAUGGUUGACGCCGCUGACCUGGUGGUGCAAGGAAAAGGCAAAUUCGAGGAACUGAUGGUGUGCUCUCAUGAGAUCGCGGCUAGCACUGCCCAGUUGGUGGCUGCCUCCAAGGUGAAAGCGGAUAAGGACAGCGCUAACCUGGCCAGGCUCCGGCAGGCAUCGCGAGGAGUCAACCAGGCCACCGCCGGGGUGGUGGCCUCCACCAAGUCAGGGAAGUCUCAGAUUGAGGAGAAAGACAGUAUGGACUUCUCCAGCAUGACACUAACUCAGAUCAAGCGGCAGGAAAUGGACUCGCAGGUGCGAGUGUUGGAGCUGGAAAACCAGCUGCAGAAGGAGCGCCAGAAGCUGGGAGAACUCCGCAAGAAGCAUUAUAAGCUAGCGGGCGUGGCGGAGGGCUGGGAUGAGGACGCUGCAGAGUAGCUUCCCACGCCUGAAUCAGCGACCCACGGACGCCCCUUCAGUUGGCCGGGACCCAGCUUGGUGCAGCUCUUACUGAAGAUACAAAAUAAACCGGUGCAAAAUCCGCCUUGAAGCACAUGUCCUCUGCGUUCCCAAGGACCCUCCUCCAGCACGCCCGGCCGGGCAGCCGCCCCACCCUCGACUGGGCAAGUAGAAAGGGCGGAGGCCUGACGUGCCCAGAGCCAUGGCAGCGCCGGCUCCCCACAGCCACGGGACACAGACUCUGCCCGCGUGUUUAGCGCAGCUGCUUUGGGUUCCGACUGUAAACCUCGGUUCGCUCUUGCACAGACUCUGAACCGGUUCUGCCUCG